GCGCCCCAACAUCAUCGAUCCCCUUCGAGCUUGGCCAUUGAAUUGACCACCAUUGGCCAACCGAAACCCCUGACCCAGACUUGUUUAUCUGAACUCUUCCGUUCACGUGUGUGUGUGUGUGUGUGUCCUUCAUGCAGUUGUUUCGUGUGUUUUUGUUGCGCGUGCCCUUGUUGUCCUUUUGCGGGCAUGUGAGAGCGUGUGUGUAACCUGUGGAGUCACAAGGUUCCUUUUGGAUUGUUUCCUUUUUCAGCAGGGGGCACAGGCCCAUCGUGGAUACCUGUGCCAACGAAGCUGUUCCGCGAUGGGGGAAGCGGAGAUUGAUCACCUCCGUGUACCUGCUUAGUUGUGAUGUUCACAAGCUGUUACCCUCAUCUUCUUGGCAGUCAUGCAUAGGGGCUUUUCUUUGGACUCUGCACGGGUUCGUCGUCCCUGUCGGCUCGCGACCGUCGUUUUUGAACCUUGCUGCAACUUUCGCGACUUGAGCUUUGGAGUUGCACUUUGGACCUCUGGCCUCCUAACCACUACAGAUGCUCAGGCCUCCUCAUACCUUACUUUUCAGGAAUUUGGCUUCUUAGGCUGCCGUGUGGCGAGCGGCAUUCACAUCAGUGCGCAUUUCUAUAAGUGUGUGUGUGUGUGUGUCGGUCGCGCUCCCGUAUUUGGGUUAUGCCACGGUGAAAACUAACAAGCUGGACCUAUACUUGCCGCAAUGAAGCAUGCUAUGAUUGAAGCGCAUCACGCCACGUUGCACUGAGUCAGCCCUUCUCCUUGACCACCAUCUCCUUGCCGGCCAAACCGGGCACCCAAGCAGCCCGCGGCUUUGACUCUGGUGGCGCCAGCGGUCCGGGCACUGGAGGCGAGAACGGCCGGACUCAAAGCAUUCAGGGCACAGACAACACCAGGCGAAAAACAUCUAUUUGAGGAGACGCCAAGGGGCACGCCGCGCCGGCGCCAACGUUGGAGGCAAUGCAGCCAUGCUUGUGGGCAGCAGUGCCUUGUUGGCUGGCUUCAUGGCCUCCAUGGCCACAGCGCCCUCUGGUCAACAGAUGCUGGCCAACGCACGAAGCAGUGAUGGAUGCACACCCUACGCAAACAUCAUGGGCGGCGGUGGUUUUGGAGCUGAUCAAAUUUUUAAUGCCUUGCAGGCGGGCGGAGGUUCGCAGGACUCCGGGCACUGGUGGGAUGCAGCCACAAGCCAUGUGAAACGAAUGAGCUCAAGCACAAUCAAUGAGCAGCACCUGGAAAUCAAAAAUGAGACGAACGUGGAGAUUGAACAGGAGCAGAAUCUGGUCCAACAAACUUUCAUAGAGCAAAACAUUAUACUUGCAGGCAGCGAGCUUGACAACACCAAAGUGGAUAGUAUCCAGCCAAAGGAUUUGCAAAAUGCAAAAGGACCUAGCACAGGCGAUGAGGAGGAGGAGGAGAAUGACGAGACAGAGGGCAAGGAAGAAGGCAAGGAGCAACAGGCUGCGCCUGAGGAGUCGGAGCAGAAGGAGGAAAAGCAAGACACCAGGAGUGAGGAGGAGGAGAAGGAGGGGGAGGAGCUAAAAGAAGAUGAGGAGAAAGAAGACGAGGCAGUGCAAGAGCACGAGAGUGAGGAACAAGAGGAAGACGAGGCGCAGCAAGAGCACGAGAGUGAGGAGGAACAAGAGGAAUCAGAGCAAGCGAACCAGAGUGAGGAGGAACAAGAGGAUGAAGAGGAGCCGAAGGAUCAGGAGGAACAAGGUGAGGAUGCCGACGAACCAGAAUCAGAAGGGGAAGAUGACGACGAACCCGAGGAGGACGAUGACGAACCCGAGGAUGAUGAUGAAGAGGACGACUAGGAGAGGAGAUCUCCGAGGCUAACGUGAAAUGUGUGAAGCGAGGCAAAGAAUCUUGCAGACAUUCGCCCCAGAAGUCAGAUCUGCCAAGCAGUCUGUCGAACACAUGGUGCAGAGUUGCCAGGUUGUGGAUCAAAACCGGGUGUACACAAGAUGAGG